GGUCAACUUUCCAUUGUGAAAUUGACUGUCAGCACAGUUAUCAUCUCGUUAUGAGGCACAUUUAGUUAUUUGGAAAGCGUGUAUGUGUACAGUACUCCAUUCCUAUUUUGUUUCUAAAGUUUAAAACAGUUUCUUCGAUUAAUGCAAGAUGGUGUUUUACUUCACAAGUGCCGUUGUUACACCUCCCUACACUAUCUACAUGGGGAAAGACAAAUAUGAAAAUGAAGAUCUCAUCAAAUAUGGAUGGCCUGAAGACAUUUGGUUUCAUGUGGAUAAACUCUCCUCUGCCCAUGUGUACCUGCGAAUGCCUAAGGGACUGACAAUAGAGGAUAUUCCCAAGGAAGUCUUGAUUGACUGUGCACAGCUUGUGAAAAACAACAGCAUCCAAGGUUGUAAAAUGAACAACAUCAAUGUUGUCUACACACCAUGGGCUAACCUAAAGAAAACAGGAGACAUGGAUGUAGGCCAAAUAGGUUUCCAUCGACACAAGGAGGUGAAGGUCGUGGCAGUAGAGAAAAAGGUCAAUGAGAUAGUGAACAGGGUGGAGAAAACAAAGGACGAGCGAUACCCUGAUCUAGCAGCAGAGAAAGAGUCUCGAGACAGGGAGGAGAGAAACGAGAAGAAGGCCCAGAUACAAGAUCUGAAAAAGAAAGAGAAAGAUGACAUAAAAAAGAAAAGAGAGCUGGAGGAGCUCAAAAGUUAUUCUUCGCUGAUGACGAGUGACAAUAUGACAACAAAUGAGGAUGGAAAUGAUUCGGAUGACUUCAUGUAAAAAGAGAAUCUGGGACAUCGGAGAAACACCAUCCCCUGAAAUGUAACAUUGUUGGAUUGCACUGUUAUACACACUGUUAUACCGGACAGUGCUUUGACAUUGUGUGUAUAGAUCGAUAAACUUGCUACUGUAUUUUUGAAACAGUACUCGUGCCAAUUAUGCACAAUUUCAGGACCAUAGUGAACUGCUUGUUUUCCCUACGCUUCUUGAAUUUCAAAGGAAAAAUUCAAACAUCAUUGGUAUCUUGUACUUUUACAUCCUCUGCUUGACUGACGAGGGUAACGGCAAUUCCAGAUUCCUCAGACAUGUGCUGUCAAGGAUUUAGUCUUGGGACUGCUAUUCCUUACACGCUCUGAUCUAAUUCAGUAUUGGUGCAUGUUGACCUAAUGAUAUGAUCUCCUGACCAGUAUGUCUAGCUAUGGGUGAAAUGAAUAUGUACUUUACAUCUAUUAUAAUUUACCUGGCCGAUGGUGCAGACUUUGUCCUGUCCAGAGACUAGAGUCUAGUAAAUGUGUCCCCAUGAGGCCAUGCAAAGUACGUUUUUUUAUCUUGAAUGUUUCUUUGUAAUAGCCGAAAGAGCGCUGACGUUAUUAAUAAAAUUCCCCAUGUUUAUCCAUGCAAA